AUGGCCGUGGCAGACAUCCUGCUCGCGCGCCCGCACACCUGCAAGACUUCUAUCUCAAACCCUACUGUCAACCCUCCAUUCAUGACCUCGAAAUUCGUACCUGAGCCCUGGCUCCCCGCGCAAGCCAAGGACUCGCGACCGUCUACCUCCUCGAGUUUCGUAACUGCUCGUCCGGAUUCGCCUAAACACGAUUUACUCGAUGUUGACCAUGAUAUUGCACCGUCGCUUGAACGUGAACAUCCGUCACCUCCGCCCUCUGUCGUACCGGUGGAGCCAGAUUGGCUCGCCCGACUGGACAAGCUGCCGACGUCUAUACCGGCAUCGACAUCUGCUACCACAGACCGACUUGCCGCUCGACAUACCUCAGGAAGUGUCGUUACACCGCCCCCGCCAUCGACAUCAGCGAAGACCGACUCGCACGCGCCUGACUGGCUACCAUCUCGUUCGAAUGGCACGACCUCACACGAUGAUGUACCGCCUUCAGCGAGCUCGGACAAGCGGUCGCCAUCUGCGCCCAACGGUCAGACGCGUGACCAGCCUGCACCUAAGUCUACGAACGGCUCUCAUGCAGUACCGCCGUCGCUGAGGCCAGGCUACACUUCCGUCAAAGCUUCGGCACCGCUUCCGGCGGACAGCUCGGGCGCUCGGCGCGCCGAGGCUCCGCAAGCUUCGUCUAUAGCCCAAUCAACGAGUAAUGUGGAUAUACAUGGUGCACCACAUGGGUCAAUAUCGACAUCUGAUCCCUCAAUACAGGAUGACUCGAGGUCUCGAGAUGACUUGCCUGACUUAGCGAGCGCUUCGAAUAUUGAUACCCCUUCAUCGGCGGCGAAGUCUAGCGCCCAUACUGCUACCCACGCGCCUACAUCCUCGGCCUCUUCCCUACCACCGACGCAUAAGACGUACCAACUACACGACAGCCCAGGACAGAUGCCGGCACCAUUAGGGAUGUCGGUGGAGGAGAAGGGAGACGCUGGAUCCCCGGCCACGCAACUUGCGCAACCACCUGCGGACUCCUCUUCUCUACCCAAACCAGACGAACUUACCCCCGCCAAGUCCCGCUCGGAACCCAUCGCAAUUCCGAACUCAACUCCGUUACCUGUGUCUGCUCUUCCAGCGCACAUACGACCAUCUACAAGUGCAGGACCGUCACCCAUCUCACCUGUACCGCGCGCAUCCUCCCUAGCGCCACGACCUGUAUCAUCGGCUGGGCCUCCCUCUGCAUCGUCUUCACCGCGCGUUCCCGCACGUACCGCGACUACGCCGCGCCUGAGCGGAUUGCCAACUUCACCGCGUUUCACGUUCUCAGGUGGAUCUGCGCGCUUGAGCCCAGCCAUCCUCCCUCGACCCUCUGCGCAGUCUAUCUUUCCGCUACCCUCAAUACCCAAAACUCCGAGUAGUGCUCCACCACCUCUAUCGCCCGAACGACAACGCACUCAAAGCUUGAGACACAUGCCGAGUCUGCUCAGACAGGGUGCCGCGCAGGAUGAGGACGAUAUCGCGACGCAUGAUAAUGCAAUGUUAGAUGGGCUAGAGGAGGACGAUGAGGAUGGGGAAGUUGAGACGGAGGGCGAGGGGAUGACGGAUGGCGGUGCAGGGAGUGGGGACGGGAAUGGAAGCGAUGAUGGUGAGGACUCGCCUGAGCAACAGACACCGGAUCGUUCGGGGAGGAAGGGCUUGACGCUACGCAUGCCUGCACUCAAGUCACCGCUCAGUCUACCAACGGCACCCGGCAAGAGCCCCUUCGGGUUCUCCUUCGAUCGCAAGGCGGAGAAGGAUCGAGCGAGGGAGAGGGAGCGUGAAAGCGAUGGGGACAAGACGCCUGUACCCGUACGCGGCUUCGUCGACUACUUCUCGAGCAAGCCCCCAGAGCAAGAGCCCAUGACGCCGAAGACGCCACGACUAUCGCUGUCGAUUAAGACGCCUGGGCUUGGAAUGGGAGCGAAGACUCCUGGCAUCACCUCGCCGAAGAAGUCAGGCGCGAAGACGCCGGGUAUACCCAGCGCGGCUCUGGGCAACGGCAUGACUACGCCCACGCAAACGGGCCCACCCCCUGCCGCUACAACCAGCUCACCACCUCCGCCGCCACAAUGGGUCCCUCUUGCACCACCUACACCGGCUUCACCAGGUGCACGAGCUGACAUCUGGGCCAACUCUCUGCUUAGCUCCGGACAUAGCGAACAUGCAUCAAAGAUCGCACGACAACAAGCGCGCGUUGUACCGAUGCCCGAAGGCGACGAAGGUCUCUCAGCGAGCCCGCGGCCGCGGCCAAGCUUCUAUCAUCAACCUUCGCGCAGUAUGGUUGACAUGACGGCAGUGGCGCGGGCGAAAGUCGAGCCAGCAACGCCAGCGUCGCCCGCGCGUCCCGCACCUGGAUCGGAAGCGCCCGCGCAGACCGAUGAUGGUGUGCUCGGGCCGAGUCUUAAGCGCCAGCGCUCGCUGCCGACGUUCGGUCCACACGCGGAGCCGCCGCCGUACCCCACCUUCGCACGCGGUGGUCCUCUACCUGCACCGCGCGAGGACGAGGGUAGCGAGCGGUUGCCGGGCUAUAGGAACGAUAUCUACUUGGCUGGCGUGUUGCCCCGGAAGAUGGAGUUCACUGCGCCGGGUGUGCAGGCUAAGGACAGGAAGUGGCGGAGGGUCCUGUGUGUGCUCGAAGGAACUGCGUUCAAGAUAUACGCCCUGCCUAUCGGCAAGGGUGGCGGUAGCGUCCUGGGCGGACUGUGGGAGAAGGCAGUCGGAGCGGGCGACAUCGCCGAGAGUCCAGCGAGAGCGAGUGAGGUCGCAGCGCUGACUGCUCAGAAGAGGCGUGAGAGGGAGCUCGAGAGGGAACGAGAACGGGAAGCUCUGGCGAAUAAGGCCGAGGAGAGAUCUUCAGUCGAAGACACCGAUGGAGCUGGUUCGUCCACUUCGGGCGCGGGUACAUCAGGCAACGAGUCGCCUGGAGGGAGGAGCACAAGUAGGCUCCUGGGAAGUAGCUUCCUACGUGGCCAUCGCGGUUCAACGAGUAGUCGAACGAGCCUUUCGAGCGCGAAUACCACGGAUCGCACUCGCGCGAGUAUGGAUGAGAUGGGUGGACGGAGUAGUAGCUCAAAUAUGCGGCGACUUAGUGUCGGCGCGAGCGCGACAUCGAGUGCUCGGACAAGCUUCUCAAACACGCGAACCAGUCCUACUGGAAGCGCGGGUACAGGCGGUGCUAGUCGGGUACUCCCCGCAUCUUCAUCGUCUUCCAUUGCUGGAUCCAAUUCGAGCAUCGCGCCGAGCGGCACCACCAGUAGCGUCAACAGCGUUACGCACAUCCGUCGGCGCACCGGCCCGGAGCCCGCACCUUCCUCACCAUCAACUUCGUCACCCGGUCCCGCAACGGACCCGACACGACCUCUAUUCCACGAACCAGCCAAGGACGUACCGCGACCGGAGGAGGGCACACUCAUACGCGAGUAUUCUCUGCAGAAUGCAGAGAGUGGUCUGGCGAGUGACUAUGUCAAGCGGAGGAACGUCAUCCGUUUGAGGAUGGAGGGCGAGCAGUUCCUUAUCCAAGCGAGCGAUGUGGGCAGUGUGGUUGAUUGGAUCGAGGGAUUCCAGGCUGCUGCGAAUAUCUCGUUGGAUUUGGAUGAGCGACCUAUGCCUAGAGGACCGCUGUUCCCGAGACGACGCAGGAGACGACCGGCAGCGAGGCCAACAGAGGCGGACGCAAACCCUCCGCCCACGAUGCCGCAUGCCUAA